GAAUUACGUCAUCGCAUUUGCGGAAGGUGCGUUCGAGUUCAACCUCAGAUCAACAAAGUACUUGAGUGUCCUUAUAGCAACGGAAGAAGCAGCCAUAAUUUGGGACAUUGUGUGUUCUUUAGGCGCAAAUGACAACAGUUGCAGUUAAAGUGUGUGCAGACUUCAGUGACAGAAACUUCUGGAUCGCUCUGUUGCGUUGUAGAUGCUGCAGGCAGUCAGCGGGCGUCAUCGUUUCUCUGUUGUUGUGACGGCGCAAACCGAGCUAACCAUGGCAGUUCCAGUAGCUGCAUUACCACUGAACACAUCAUCCAGCCCGGGUCUGCUGGAGCACAACAUUCACAUCAGCGACAGAGAUUUGGGGAGGAUUUCAAGUGACAAUGACGUCGACACUCUGCCUUUACAUUCUUCAUGGACUUUCUGGCUCGAUAGAUCUUUACCGGGAACAACUGCAGCCGAAUGUGAAUCAAACCUGAAGAAAAUCUACACCGUGGAGACCGUCCAGAACUUCUGGAGAGUUUACAACAACAUACCCGGCGUCAACAGCUUGCCAUUGAGAUGUAGCUAUCAUCUGAUGAGAGGGGAAAGGAAACCACUUUGGGAAGAAGAAAGCAAUGCUAAAGGUGGUGUUUGGAAGAUGAAAGUACCCAAAGAAUGCACUCCUGUUGUGUGGAAGGAGUUGCUGCUGGCUACUAUUGGAGAACAGUUCAGUGAUUAUUGUGCCUCAGACGAUGAAGUAGUGGGGGUCAGUGUGAGUGUAAGAGACAGAGAAGAUGUGGUUCAGGUCUGGAAUGGAAACGCUUCUUGUGCUAACGAGUCAAAUAUCUUAGGAAGGAUCAACGAGCUCCUUCCACAAAUACCUUUUAAAGCAGUGUUUUACAAGCCACAUGAGGAGCACCAUGCUUUUGAAGGAGGUCGGAGACAUUAGCACAUCAGAACCCUCAAGAUAUACAUAUUUUUUGCUUAUGAACAUGUUUUGGAUACUAUUUCAGCACAUUUUGAUGCAAUUUGAAUUCUUAGUUGCUUAAUGUAUCAUCUUAAUUACCUCAAAAUGCAGCCCAUGAAUUUCGGAUUCUCAGUCAAUGGAAUAUACCAUCUUCUGAGCACUACUGUCAUUGAUAAUACUAUCCAAAAUACUUUUAUUUUAGACAAAAGCAAAAACAAUUUUAGUUUGAUUUUAUCUGUGGCCGUGUUUGUGUGUUUUUAUACUUCAACAUUUUGCAAAUUCUAAACCAAAACAGCAGAUCAUACAUGCACAUUUUUUUAGAUGUAUCAUAGCAUAUUUUGUGCAGUUUCCUGAUGACAAAUGAAGCUAGGUCUUUUAUUUAAAUCUCAUUUUUUUUAAUCUAAGAGGAGGCCUACUUCCACAAAGCAAACCUUUAUCUUAACAAUACAGUUCAAUGCUUUUCUAGUGAGCUCUUUUCUCUGUUUUGUAUGUUACAGCCAAAAUACUGUUGCCUAAAUAAAUUCUUAGUAUGCUGUAAUGCUAAUAUAUGAGCAAAAAAUUGCACAUUCUUUUUUAAUUUUCUUUUUUAGGAUAUGAGCAGAUUGUGAAAGGAAUACGUUCUUGUUAUAAUAAAAUGACCUCAGUGCACAAAUCUUCAUGAGUAGAUGCUGAGAAAUAUAUGCAAUCAUUUCUAUUCUGUAGAAUUUGCAGCAAAUUUGCAGUGUUGUGGUUGUCAUUUUGUUUGAGCAUUUGCCCCAAAUCAAGCACUUUGUUUCUUACUGUGUGUGUGAGUUGUGGGAACUGAAACCAAAUCCGUUUUGGUUUUUUGUCACAAUUUUUGUGAAAACGUUAAACCUGUUUCUGUUCAGUUGUUUUUCUCCUUUCAAUAGUAACUUGAGAUGUUUAGAUGACAAAGUUGAAAUGAUAUGUUUUCUAUGUAUUCAUAUGACUUGUAAAAUUGUGAAGCCUACCCUUUGUAGAUAACAUAAGCCCCAGGAAAAAUGAUGAAUAAACAGAAAACUGUCACAGAGUGACACCAGCAAAAACAGACGCCUUUAGGGACUGAUCACGGAAAGGUUUACUGUAUUUGUACAAAUCAUGGGUGUUGUUGUUGAUGAAGUGAUGCAAUCACUGCAGCAAAGUCGAAUCUGUAUAAAAGAAGUUUGUCGGAGAUGGUUUACGACUGCUCCACUGACAGAAAAAUCUAAGUGUUUUAAGAUUUUUUUUUUGUAGUAACGUAAAAGUCCAAAAUUGUAUCAUUCAAGAUCAUAAUCUCAUUAGGGACAUGUUGAAAUUUAGAAAAUUUAACCAUUAUACAUCUCACCAAAGCCACCGUUCCCCUUUGUUUGUGUGUGAGAGCGUAUGAGAGGGAGAGAGAUUGACUAGUCUCGGCUGCAUAGAGCACAGCAGAUUUUUUGAGCACUAGUACUACUUAGACGUUUGAGGUUAUUUCUAUGUAGCUGUAGAAUAUACAUUGAAAGACUGCUGCUAUGAUUUCCUAGUUAAAUCAAGUGUUUUUAGUAUUUAUAAUGCUGGUGUGUUGGCUUGGAUUUUCUGUUAAAGAAUAUUCACAAGGUGGAGUUAGGUUUCAGACCACCGACUUUGCCAAACUUGCUUUAUUUUCCCUUUAUUCCUCUGUUGUUCAUGUAAUAUAAGCACAUACUGUAGGAUAAGAGAAAACAAUUCCCUUGCACAUAUACAGUUGACCACUCACUUCAGAUCUCAGACUUUGUACCUGAUUGUUGAUCUUGGAUGGUGCCUUGUGUUUACCAGCAGUUUAGAAUGUCAUCUGUGUUCAGCAUGCUGAAAUUGUAUAUAGGCAUGUUUCUGUUAGUUUUACACGUGUUUGAGAAAUAAAGAUGCCUAAACCUUCACCACC